AUGUCUAGAGACGACAGAGAAGUUGUUGACGAAUCAUCUACACUGGAGUUUGUCUCUUUACUUGGCCAAGGUGGCUUUGGCUCCGUCGCGCUCAUGAGAGAUUCCAAAUCAAGGUUACAUGCAGAGAAGUCAUCUCCCAUAUAUUACAUAAACAAUCUCGAGAAAGAGCAUAGGAUCAUGCUUAGUUUUCAUAACCAUCUACGCAUAGUCCAAACCACAAGUCCUAGUCUUCACGUAGACAUCAAUCUCCAACGUUGUUGCAUCUACAUGGAGUUUGCCUCCAAAGGCACUCUCCACAACAUGAUCUCCAGCUUUCGCAGCCAACCAAUGCCUGAGGUUCACUGUGAUCUCAAGCCAGCCAACGUUCUCAUCUUCCCUUCCAAGAGUGUAGGACAGCCGUGGGAUCUCAAGCUUGGUGAUUUUGGUUUAGCCAAGGAACCUGGUUCGGAUCCAAGGUCCUUAUCCGGUGGUACGAAGCAGUAUAUGGCUCCUGAAGCUGUUGGAACCAAUGGAGCGAUGAUGCUGAUGGGACCGGGUGUUGAUGUGUGGUCUCUAGGAUGUGUUGUUCUUGAGAUGUUUGGUGGCCGUCCAGAGAAGAUGGGAGAUAUUUACGCAUGGAGACUUCCUGAGCUUGUGUCUCCCUUGGCCAACGAUUUCUUGAGGAGGUGCAUGGAGUUGCAACCCUCACGCAGAGCCACCGCAGGGGAUCUACUGAAACAUCCUUUCGUUGCGCCGGAAAGAGUCAUGAGGAGAGCCAUUCCUCCACCACGGCCGGAUCAGAUGCUUUGCUACUGUCCUCCUGCCAUAAUGUUUCCUCCUCAUGCCACAAGAAACAAUGCUAUGAAAGGAGUGCCGAGGAUGAUGACGAUGGUUGUUAAUAGCCAUGUUUAG